GGGAAGUCUAGAUAAGUUAGUGACACAAAACAACUCAAACAGUACACACGCCCAAAGCAGCACUUUUAAUCUGAUUCCAAAAAUAUACCACUAUGGAUUUAUAUUACCUACCAGCAUCAGCUCCAUGCCGUGCUGUUGCCAUGACUGCCGACGCGCUUGGAUUAAAAAUCAACAAAAUACAUAUGAAUCUUCAGGCCGGAGAUCAUCUAAAGCCAGAGUUCAUCAAAAUUAAUCCACAACAUACUGUGCCCACCUUAGUGGAUGGUGAUUUUGUGAUAUGGGAAUCGCGGGCUAUAAUGACAUAUUUGGUAGAAAAAUAUGGCAAAGUGAAUGAUGCCUUAUAUCCCGCCUGCCCUCGCAUGAGAGCCGUCAUAAAUCAAAGACUUUAUUUUGAUAUGGGACAUAUGUACAAAACUUUGGGCGAUUACUAUUAUGCCAUGAGGGAUAAGCAAUCAGCUGAUCCUGUUUUAUACAAAAACAUUGAGGUGGCCAUGAGAUUUUUCAACAGCAUGCUGGAGGGAAAGCAAUAUGCGGCUGGUGGUGAUUCAUUAACGUUGGCCGAUUUAUCACUAUUUUCGACAGUGAGUUCUUUUGAUGCCAUGAUCGACUUUGAUUUUAGUAAGUUCCCCAAUGUUGCCAAGUGGUAUACGACACUUAAGGAUAUGGUUCCUGGUGCUGCGGAAAAUUGGGCUGGCUGUAUGGAGUUGAAGAAAUCGUAUGAUAGUUUAAAAUCAUCUUUGUAGUUAUAAA